AUGUCUGAAGCCGCGUUAGAAGAAGUGUCAGUUUUAUCCGCCAUCUUCUGCGGCGCGGGAGAGUUCGAGCUGCUGCAGUCAGCUGACGGAGUGACUGUGCAGAUCUCCUCUCAGGUGGGAGGGGGUCAGGCUGUUACUGUGCUGUUCCACCUCCCCCCUUCGUACCCGCUCCUCCCCCCGGACAUCUCCAUCUCCUCCUCUGCUCUGUCCCGAACCCAGUGCCAGGACCUCCGACUGAAACUGCUCCAGUUUGCCUCCACUCUACCUCCACAAGCGAUGGUCCAUCAGCUCAUGGUCCACUGCCAGAGUUUGGACGUGUCUCCGGCUGCCUCCACAGAGUCCACACUGAGACCAGAGCAGGACCAGAGGGUCUCAGUCCUGUCUCUGGAUCACAUCAGAUCCAGGUCCCGGUACGUGUCUUUCCUGGAGCAAUGGAGCAAGCAGCUGCAGCUCGAUGGGAGGUUGUUACUGGGACCAAAUAUUCUGGUCCUACUGCAGGGGAACAGAGCCAGCAUCAAGGAGUUCUGUCGUCUUUUGAAAACUUCUAAAGUGGACGUGGAUUCUUCAGGGAAAAAGUGCAAAGAGAGACUCAUGAAAGUCCUCAUGGACUCACCCUGGUCUCCAGCUCAGCCCAUUCCUCAGGGCUUUGAGGUCAGAUGCUGCUCCUCUCUGUCUGACCUCAGGGCAGAGUUUGAGGAGGUCCAUCUGACUGAGGCCUUCAGGACCAUCCUGCCCUCACUACGAGCCUGA